AUGAUUUAUCCCUGUGACAGAGGACAUCCAAUUUAUCUGCUGAUUUUAACCUUUUCUAUAAUCUGCUAUCAUGGCACUGCCUUGUCUAUUCCGCUCACAGCUACUCCAAUAUUUAAGGAUACACCUUUUGCGGUCAUAUGGAAUGCACCUACGCAUGUGUGCCAAAACCUCAAGAUUCCUUUGGCUCUUUCUGUCUUUCAAGCAGUGACCACACCAGCCAGUGAGCCUAAUCAGUUUCUUUUUCUGUUUUACUCCAAUCGGCUUGGACUGUACCCAUACACGGAUCCUAGUACAGGGAAGCAAGUUAAUGGUGGCAUUCCACAAAAAGGAAACCUGACAGCAAGCCUUGUGAAAGCUCAUAAAGAUAUCAUAGAGUAUGUUCUUGAGUUCACCCCAGGCUUAGCUGUGAUUGACUGGGAAGAAUGGCGUCCAAUCUGGGCCAGGAAUUGGAACUCCAAAGAUAUUUACAGGAAGCUUUCCAUUCAGUAUGCAAAGGAAAAGAAUCCACUUCUAUCCCCCAGUGAGGUUGAUGCUGUUGCUAAGCAGCAAUUUGAGAAUGCAGCUAGGGCUUACAUGGAGAAGACCAUGCAGCUGGGGAUCAACCUGCGUUCAAAUUAUCUAUGGGGCUUCUACCUAUUUCCAGAUUGCUACAAUUAUGAUUGGAGUACCUCAGGCUACACAGGUGACUGCCCAGCAAUUGAGAAAACCCGCAACAACGAACUCCUUUGGUUGUGGGCGUCCAGUACAGCUUUAUUUCCAUCAGCAUAUUUGCCAGUCAGUCUGAGAGAACAACCUAAGGCAGCUCUGUUCGUUCGGGGUCGUGUGAAGGAAGCUAUGAGGGUGUCUGCUCUUCCAAAUCCUCUGUACUCUAAACCAAUUUAUGUCUACUUACGUCCUGUCUUCACUAAUCAGAACAAUGUAUUUCUGAGUGAGGAAGAUCUAAUCCAUACUGUCGGUGAGAGCGCAGCUUUAGGUGCAUCAGGUGUGGUGCUCUGGGGUGCAAGUGCUGACUACAACAGCAAGUCUUCAUGUGAAGCACUAGCAGCUUAUCUGCCCUCUACACUCAACCCAUACGUGGUCAAUGUAACUGCAGCUGCAAAACUCUGCAGUCAGAUGCUGUGCCAAGGCAACGGACGCUGUGUUCGCCAGAACCCCGACUCAGCAGCCUACCUGCACCUGAACCCGAAUAACUUCAGUAUUCAGCAGCAUGUUGGAAAAUACGUGGCUGUUGGUGUGCCUUCUCAAAGUGAUCUUAAUGAUUUUGUAAACAGGUUUACCUGUCAGUGUUAUGCAGGCAAAGUGUGUUCUGCUAACACAUCCAUUUCAGAGCCCAAGACUCCAGUAGUUAUUCAAGUGUGA